ACCGACAACAUCACCGCCACGACGCCCGUAAACUCGCGACUUGGAUGCAAAUGCACGCGUAGACUAUCGAUGCGGACCCUCGCGCAGACGAUGCGACGCUCUAAUGCCUCACAAUAACCUUGGUAACCAUCUCAAGUGGUUGAUUACCGAGAAGCCUUUUAUUCCGCCCGCGAUAUCGCUCGUUGCAUACGAUCCCGACGCUGCUCCCCUGAGCUCUCUGAACUCAGCGACUCCUUCACAACACUCCUCAUUAUUAGUCGAGCACGUCACACAGAAUGAGCCUGAACCCGUCUCCGCGCCACAGCCUGCACUACCCAUCACCCGGCCUACCCCCCCUCGCCCACUCACACGAACGAAGACGAUCGAUAUACACAAUCCACCACCGAGGGAGGGAGUAAGCUCAGAAAUGGCAAGGAUGCGGGCCACGCCAGGCAGCGGGAAGCCUAGGCUUGUGUUGGCGGGGUUGCCGCAGUAUGGGUCGUCUUCAGCAAGCGAGCAAAGGGAGCAAGACGAUAUUGCUGCGCAAACAUACCUUGAUGAGUUGGCAAGGCCGGGCAUAGCAAGAACUAAUCCUGGGCCAUUGAAAAUGUCGGCAUGCGGCCAGCCGACCCCCAGGAAGCAGCGCAUCAAGGUAGCCGAUGUCGAAGCCAUUGAUUUGACUGGGGACGAGGAGAGUCGCUCCACUCUGGUUCCACAUCGUACCAUCACCAGGACAAAGAAGCGGAAGAGCGAUGAAUACGAGGAAGACCUCGGUCACACCAAGUCUCCUAGGGCUGUUCGGACAGCUCCUGCGGGCAGUCCUGAGCUCGCUAACAAUGAUUUUGCCGACAUCGACGACAUGCUCAUAGCUCCACCCAGCCCACCUCCACCUUACUCGAUCAUUGCGAGAGUUGGAGGGCACCAAGGGGAGGAUGACGGAGCUGCUGAUGAGGAAACCUAUGAAGCUAGAAUCACCUCGGACGAUGAACAUGAGUUCAGGACGCAUAUGAUAUCCCCAUGUACUCGCAAGCGCAAAUCACUGAGCCGUCUCCCGUCGCAAAAUUCCGCCCUGGCGCGCAAGAUGGGCAAGCAGACGCGUAGCCCUUCUCUAGAGAGGAAAGGCGUCUCGGAAGUGGAUGCCAAGGCAACGAAGACCGGACGUUCGCGGACACCUGUUACUAAAAGAGUCGGACAGGCGGUUUUGGACUCUGAGGAUGAAGAGUUUGGCGGUUUCGAUGAAAUGGACUGUGAUCUGAGAUCCCGCACCAAGUCACCGUCCCCCACGAAGAGGAAGGCACGGGAAAAUACACCACUUCCGAACGCGAUGAGGGGUGAGUCAGGUCAAACACAACUACCCAUCCGAUCUCCUACCAAGGCUACCCGCAGUCCUAGCCCUUUGGGGAUGAGCAACAACUCAAUGCCAACGCCAGCAAAGUCGCAGUCUCCUCGAAAAGUGCCAUGCUCGCCAGACAAAAUCGAAUCUACGCCCAAUCCACUCAUUUCAGCAGACACGCCGACCCCACCCUUGUCUGAGCUGUCUAAGGAGGAGAGAGACGAUAUUCGGCAGAUCACUGAUGCUUUCUUAGAUUCAGAAGGUCGUCGCCUACAAAAACACCUUAGCACUGCAAGUUCAGCUUGGGACAAGGCACGUGCAGCAUUUCUGGCACAUUUGGACGAGUUCGGAAGGCCAGACCAAAGUGAGCAGGAGAGGAUGGAGCGUUCACGUUCGCGGAAAGAGGCUGUGGAACAACUGAUCGCGUUGAAAAGUAAGCACGACGGACUCAUUGCUCGUAGGCAGCAAGUGAAGAAGAAGAUUGAAGAAGAUCUGAAUAUUGGACAAUUUGACUCAGCAGAUGGCGAAGCCCUCAACAAGCUGUUCAGGUCGCUUGAAGAGGCGCAGUUCCGUAUGUAUAAUCUUCUAGGCAUUGCAGGUAUCAAACAGCAGCCAGGAAGGAUCAAGACCGAAGACAAGCGUCCGGUUAUAAUACUAUCGACUCAGGCAAGCCCCAUCCGGCAACAGCCUAAGAUACGAUCCGCCGAUUUCCAACAGACGCAAUACGUUCAGCAAACCCAGGUCGCUGAACAAGAGGUCUGGACGCCUUCCCGCAAUAUACGUUUCGCUGAGGAGCAAGUAUCUGCGUCUUUACGGCCGCCUAUGAACAUGGGCUCUCGCCCACAUUUGAACGAGAGCACAGCAGAAAAGAGCAGUCCAAGGCCACAAGAGCGAUCUCAUCGAGUUCUCGAAACACCACAGCGCCGUCGAUCUCCUACACGAUCAGGACCCGUUGUUCCCAAUGGGCAACCAUCGUUCGACAUACCAGACGAGUUUGGUGAGCUGGAUUUCGAUGAUAACGAAAAUCUAUUCAGCAACAACAUGGGCUCACCUCCUCGGCCAAUCGAGAUAAAUGAUGAUGACGACGAAUUUGCUGAGUUUGGUGCGGACGAUGAUGACUUUCUCCAUGAGAUCAGUAAUAUCGAAAACCAAGCACCAGGCGGCUUCGAUUGGAAAGGUGACAGGACUGAGAAUCGAGUGUCAGCCCGUUCUCGAGAAGUGUUCCGUGAAACUGCAAGUAAUAAGAUGCAGCCGCCAAACCAGCAACUAUCGCCGAAGAAUCCCCAACUCAACUUGCCCGGAAAGAAUCUCCCCGGGAUGAAUUUCAAAUGGUCACAGGAUUUGAGAAAUGCCCUAAUCCGUCGAUUUGGACUCCGCGGAUUUCGGCCAGGUCAACUGGAAGCCAUCAACGCCACCCUAUCUGGAGAGCAUUGCUUCGUGCUCAUGCCGACGGGAGGUGGCAAGUCACUUUGUUACCAGCUACCGUCGGUAAUCGCUUCGGGAAAGACAAGGGGAGUGACUAUUGUGGUUUCUCCACUUUUGAGUCUGAUGGAGGAUCAGGUGGCAGCCUGCGAGCAACGCUUUGGUAUGCAAGCGUUUCUAAUCAAUGGAGAGUCCACAGCAGCACAGAAAAACUUCAUUAUGGAUGGUCUACGUGAACGAGACCCUCAGAAGUUUAUUCAGAUACUUUACGUGACUCCAGAGAUGCUGAGCAAGAAUCAGAGAAUGAUCAACGCCUUCCAGCAGUUACAUGCUCGAGGCCAGCUCGCUAGGAUCGUCAUUGAUGAAGCACACUGUGUCAGUCAAUGGGGUCACGACUUCCGCCCCGAUUACAAGGCGCUUGGAGACGUCGUACGCCAGUUCCCAGGCGUGCCCGUCAUUGCUCUGACUGCGACCGCAACUCAGCUCGUCCGCACUGAUGUCGUAGCCAACCUUGGUAUACAGGGAUGCCAUCAAUUCUCGCAGAGCUUCAAUCGACCCAAUCUCUCCUACGAAGUGUUGCCUAAAUCCAAAGGCCUCGUUAACAAUAUUGCGGAUCUGAUCAAAGAACGGUACACUGGAAAAUCCGGUAUCAUCUACUGCCUAUCCCGCAAGAGUUGUGAGCAGGUAGCUCAGAAGCUGUCCGAUCUCGGCAUCCGUGCCUUUCACUAUCACGCGGGGAUGGAGUCCGCUGACAGGUCAGACGUUCAGCGUAAAUGGCAGAGUAACGAGUAUCACGUCAUUGUGGCCACAAUUGCUUUUGGCAUGGGUAUCGACAAGGCUGAUGUGCGAUAUGUCAUCCAUCACACAUUACCAAAGAGCUUGGAGGGCUAUUAUCAAGAGACUGGCCGCGCUGGCCGUGAUGGCAAGCGAUCGGAGUGCUAUCUGUACUACCAGUAUGCCGAUUCGAGAACGUUGCGGAAGAUGAUUGAUGAUGGGGAGGGUAGCAGAGAGCAGAAACAGCGACUGCAUGAUAUGCUACGCACCGUCAUCCAGUAUUGUGAAAACAAGGCCGAUUGUCGACGUGCUCAGGUCCUUGGAUACUUUAGCGAGUCCUUCGAUCCUGCCAAGUGCAACUCGACAUGCGACAAUUGCCGCUCUGACGCCACCUUCAUUACGAAAGACCUUACAGAGUAUGCCGCAAUGGCCAUCAAGCUUGUAAGCCAAGUUCAUCAGGAUAGCGUUACAAUGCAUCAAUGCGUUGAUGCUUUCCGGGGCGCGAAGAGCGCAAAGAUCGGACGCUCCGGCUUGGAGGAAUACGGAUGGGGCUACGGAAAAGACUUGGAACGGGGCGAUAAUGAACGAAUCUUCCAAUAUCUUCUGGACGCUGGGGCGUUCAAGGAGACAAGCAAAGUCAACAAGGUUGGCUUUGCUACAAACUAUCUUCAUCCUGCCACGACACGAAACGAGUACGAAAGUAAACGCAAGCAGUUGAAGUUGCAAGUUCGAUCAUCGCCCCGAAAGCCAUGUGCCAAAGAGCCCAUUGCAAAGAAGACGAAGAGGCAGCAGACACAAUAUCCGUCAACGAACGUGUCGUCUCCUGUGCGGGUGCCGAAGCAAAAGAUUCGACAGUAUGCAUACAACGACGAAGAGAACGAUGACGAUUAUUUCGACGCCCCUCGCCAUGCUAUGCGCAGUAAAACGGCCCGUGGUUACCAGCCUGAUGGCUUCGUAGUCCCUGAUGGGCCAGACGAUGGCAUGUUUGCACCCAUACGUGUUGCCAAACCUGCCAGGCCUACCAAAGCGACAGGGCUCGGCGCUCCCAUCACCGUCGACGAACGAACUGUAGAUUUAACCGACUUCCAACGGGAUGUGCUGCGAGACUUCAUGGAAGGUGCAAAGAAGAUGAGGAAGGGGAUCAUGGCUAAGAAAAGUCACCGUGAAGCGAUUUUCACCGAUACUGUUCUUCGAGAAAUGGGCAUCGAUUUGCCACAAACCCUAGACGAGAUGCGAGCCAUUCCCGGGAUAAGACCCGAAAUGGUAGAUCUCUAUGGGAAGCAAUUCCUGAUCCUGAUCGAUAACACCAGGGAUUAUUACGGGGAAGGUGCGCCCGUUCCUAGGAACCCAAGCUUCCGCAACCGUCUAGUUGGCCGCCCUGAAGUUGUAUAUGAGGUUUCAGACGACGACGAGGUUGAUGACCAAAAUCACAGACUCGUCGUUGACUUGUGCAGCGACGCAGACGACAUACCAGGUGCUAUAGAGUCCGAGAGUGACUACUCCUUCGAUGACGAUGACGAGGAGGAUAGCAAUGGCGCUGUGCUCACCAGCCACCACUUCACCGAGAACAUGGACCCUCAGGUUGCAGAGUUCAACAGUCGGUAUUCGCAGCUGGGAGGCGUGGCUGCCUCAGCUUCGGGGCUUGCUAGAGCAGCGCCGUCAAGAGCUGGCUCAAAGGCGCCUGGAACUGCUUUCAAGAAAGGAAGGUCGUUCCGCAAGAAGGGAUCUGGGAGCUCUGGGGCUACUUACGGUGGUGUCAAAAAGCGAGCAGCACGAGGCACGAGCAGUAGGGUAUCUGGGGGUGCAGCGGCAACCAAGAGGGCGUUUGGAGGAAGCAGGAAAGGAGGGGGUUCAGGCAGAGGAGGAGGAGCGUCAGGGUGGGGCUCGAUCCUAGCAAUGCCGACUUGAACUAAACAAGGACAAGGGGUAAAUGUAUGGAGUUUCGGCGUACGGUUUCUUUCAAUGGGGAAUCUUUUAGCGCAGAGGUUGACAUGGGCUAUUGGUUAUGACGAGACGCAUAGUUGACACGAUCUCAAUGCCGGGUUAGCGUAAACAUUAUUCGUAUCUACAAGUAGUCAUACAGAGAGAGUUCAUCGCCUAUGAGGGAUCAAUUUCCGCUAGCACUAGCGUUGGGGACAAAUCUCAGCAGCCAUCUCGCACAUCUGAGCAACGGC